AGAUCGGAUCGACUUAACUGCUUUAUUCAAAUAAUUCCAAAUUCUCUUUUGCAGCUGGCUUAUAAAGAGUUUUGUACCAUCCUUCAGCUGCAAGAGAAGUAGAUGAGCCUUUGGGAAAAUGAUAGAUCAUAGAUGUGCAUGUCCUGGCAUUCCAGAAAUAAGAAGUAGAUGAAUCUAAAGCGACAAGUUUCAACUACUCAAAGAUCUGAUGUGCAUAGGAUUACCUGAAACAAAGGCAACAAUAGAUAAGAAGGUGUAUCAUCAAGGCCACAACAACGUCGUUUCUUCUAGGGAAGCAUUUCCUCCAGAGAGGCAUUUGUUAUUGCAACAAUGGGGGAGCAUUCCAGACGAAUCGGGACUAGUGCUAUCAACUGAUGCAAAGCCAAGGUUGAAGUGGACACCUGAACUCCAUGAUAAAUUCAUAGAAGCAGUUAAUCAACUUGGCGGAGCAGACAAGGCAACACCAAAAGCAGUCAUGAGACUCAUGGGCGUUCCUGGACUGACAGUGUAUCACCUAAAAAGCCAUCUUCAGAAGUACAGACUCAGCAAAAAUCUUCAACCUCAAGCAAACAUGGGAAGUACUAAGAGUGUUGUAGGUUGUCAGCUAGCAGCAGAAAUGACAGAUGAAGGUAAUAAUAAUAUAUCAGCCGUUACCAAUACAAAUAUUGUUCCCCAGCCCAAGCCUAUUCAGAUAAAUGAAGCACUUCAAAUGCAAAUUGAGGUACAAAGACAGCUACAAGAACAACUGGAGGUAAAUUUUAGUCAACACGUAGUGUUAAGAUUAGAUCCAUGAUACCUUAU